GAAUUAUAUCUCCAAGACAAUCGUAUAAGAGGCCUGGGAUCGAUGGCUUUUCGAGAAAUACCCCUCGUUCGUGUUCUCGACCUAUCGAAUAACUCCAUAACAUCUGUUUCCCCAACUGCUCUGCUAGGGCUCAGAACUCUGCAACAUCUCAGUCUCGCCUCCAACAGCCUGAGAGAGCUCGAUAAGCGGUUGUUUGGACCCAUUCACUCACUUUCACACCUUGACCUUUCACACAACAGCCUGUGGGGUUUGUCCGGAGCCAUGGGAGAAACUCUGAGGAACCUGAGCCACCUGGGGCUCGCCCACAACAGACUAACACGAAUGGACCGGUCCCUGCUGGAGGCCUUGGGCCACCUGGACAGUCUGACGCUACGAGGCAAUCCGUGGAAAUGUGACUGUCACCUAAUAGGUCUCAAACUGUGGCUUGAGACCUACCUCUUUAAAGGUGGCAUGGUGGAUGAGGUGCUUUGCGCCCAGCCCACAGAGAUGCGGGACAGAGACCUGCAGAAGAUCCCUUACCAGCUCUUCCACGCCUGCAUGACCACAAGUUACCAUUACCUGUUUGCCAACAUCCAUCAUCUGGAAUCAGAGAGGCUCCUGCGAGGCCACAUCCAUGGCAACCACGCUCAUCCCUCAAGCCACGCGCUCCAUGUCCCGAUGGCUAUGGGGGAGGGAUUUGGGGGCGGAGGAGGUAAUAUUCCAGAGUGCGAGACUAAGCAAAGGCACAGACCAGUCAACUUGCGCCACGCUAUCGCCACAGUGAUCAUCACAGGUGUCGUGUGUGGGAUCGUCUGUCUGAUGAUGCUGGCUGCAGCGGUAUAUGGUUGUGCCUAUGCGGCCAUCAUGGCCAAAUAUCAGCGGGAGCUGAAGAAAAAUGAGCAGUUGGCAGCGGCUCGUGAAGCCGUUCAUGCCAGGUUAGAUGAGAAGGAACCACUGGAGAAUGCCAUUGCCUAG